AUGGAAAAAAUAAAUGAAUGUAUGAAAGAAGAAAAAGAACGACAAGUACAAUUACAAACAGAAAUUAAUAAAAGAGAAAAUCAUAUCUAUGAGAUGGAAUAUAUAAUAAACAAAAAUAAUAACACUUUGGAAGAGAUAAACAAAAAAAUCAAUGCUAUAAAAAUACACUCCAACAAAAUUCAAAAAAUAAAAAAUACAAAAAUUAAGAGAAAAAUAUAUACAUAUGGAUAUGAUAUUUAUUCCUUUAGAAAUAAUAUUAUGAAAAAUUAUCGAAUUAUUAAUUCUUCUGAUGAACCUGGCUUUUCAUUCUCGUCCUCCAUUCUCGAUCCAGGUUCAUUAGACACAAAUGGAAAAAACAGUGUUCUUAUAUCGAAAGAAAGGGUUGAAAGUAUUCCAUUAAAAGAGAAAAAUCCAGAUUUCGUAUUUAAGUAUGAACCCAUAGGUCCUGUAGGUGAAUACAUAAAACCAAAAGAGAAUACCAUAAAUGAAAAAAUAUUAUCUAUCAUUGAAAAGCAUUUAGGAGAUAUAUUUUUUGCAUGGCUUGUCAGUUGUUAUGAAGACAAAAAUAAAUUAAGUAGCAUGGAAAUAGAAAAUAAAAAUAGGAUUAAUAUAAUUGUAACGAACGCAUUUCAACAUAUAAACAGAAAAACAUUGUUACAAAAUAUUCAUUCCAUUAUGAACAAAAUUAAUGGCAACACGAUUUAUUCAUUUUUAAAUAUUGAUCUAUUACCAACAUCUCUCCUAUUUUACCUAUAUGACAAUUUUAAAAUUGUUCAAACAUUGGUAUGUAACAAUUCGACAGAAUUACAUGAACUUUUAAGAAAAAAUGAUAAAAAAAUUAUUAAAUCUAUUUAUGUCGUAGAAGAAUUUGUUGUAGUGAAGGUACUUCCAAAUGGUGGUUUGCAUUAUCAGCCAUUCAAAGAAGAUUAUUAUGAAAAGCCUACUUUUCUAAACAUCAAUAAUGAGGAAGGGUCCUUAUAUAAAUCAAAUGGAAAUGAACAACCAGAUGCCAAUAUGGUAAAAAAUAUGGAUUCAAGUAACCCUAGCGCUUCGACAUCUCUAUUCAUUUCUCACGAACCAAAUAAGGAGGACUCUGAAAAUGUAGAAUUCAAAAAUAAUGAAGACCAUUUAAAGGAAUUAGAAAAAAGAAAAACUGAAAAAAAUGAAGAAAUUAUUAUGAUGUCAAAAAAGUUAUUGACUUAUAGAAAUAUUUUAGAGAGUCUUAAUGAAUCCUUAAAGAAAUGCCAAUAUACACAGGAUGAGUUGAAAUAUAAGCAUAAAAACAUUGAAGAAUUGAUACAGAAUCAUGAUAAUAUUUUUUCAGAACAACUUGACUUAGAAAUUAGAGAAAAAAACAAAGACAUCAUUGAAAUGAAUGAAUAUGUAGACGAAAUUGAUCAAUAUAUGCAUACAUUGAAUGAAAAAAAAAAAAGAACCCUUGAUACUUGUUCAAUUCAUAAAUGGUUAAUAUCAACACAUGGGCAAUAUUUAAAAAGGAAAAAGGAAAAAUUUGCUCUCUUGAUCGAACAAUAUAACAAUUUAUGUGAAGUUUUACUUAAACUUGAAAAAGACAAAUUGAAAAAUGAUGAAAUUGCUUUUAAAAAUAAGAAAAACUUUCUAGUAGCCAUAAACAAAUUACACAGUGUUUAUUUUGAAUACCUCACCAAUGGGUUCUCUCUUUUGCAUGUACUUUUAGAGAACCCUUUUUUAGUGUUAAGAGGGAGAUCAUCCAAUGUGUUAAUAACAAAUGUUAUCAUAGAACGCUGUGUGGAAAAUCAGACUGAAAAUAAAUCUUCACAUGGGUCGUCAUAUGAUGAAAAUGAUAAUGUACAGAAUCGAAUGGAGAAUGAUCAGAUUGAGAAGACCCAGAGUAAGGAGAGUGAAUUUUUGCAUCAAAAAAAAAAUGAUAAAUCAGGUGAAGAAACUACAAUACGAGUUACCUUCACAGUGGAGAACCCAAGUAAUAAUAUAAUGGGCGUAGAAGAAAUUUGCAUCCAAGUUCCAUUUUCAAGUUUGAGUUAUUUUAACAAGUUUUUUGUUCUUUCGAAGAAGGAUGAAAAUGUUGUGGACAGUGAUGAGGAAUGUAGCUAUAAAUUAGCAGUAAAUUCUUGUAAUAAGAAAAAGGAAAGCGAAAUAAAGGUUCUAAGGAAUUUAGAAAAACACAUAAAAAGUAUUUUGAAUCUCGGCACGAAUAUAAGCAGUGGAUCGUUAAGUGAUGGAAAAGUCGAUAGACUUUUCUGCAAUGAAGGUGCCAAUAAUGAGGAUGCCAAUAAUGAGGAUGCCAAUAAUGAGGAUGCCAAUAAUGUGGAUGCCAAUAAUGAGGUUGAUAAGGGAAUUGGUGCUCGCGUUGUUGAAAUGAAUGAGCAAAAAAUUGAGACGAUAGAUGAGAACUGUUCAGAUAUUUUAUGGAAAAAAAGAUGUGAAAAAAAGAAAGAAAUCAUAGAAAUUCUUAAAAUAAGCGGUUUUAUCGAUAAAGACAAUACAGAUAAUUCUAUAAAAGCCUAUUUUUAUAAUUUAAUCGAACAAUAUGCAAAUGAAGAAAAGAGCUACAAUGCACAAAUGAAACAAAUAAUGGACUUAAAAAAUAACUACGAUAUGCAUUUAGCUAAUAUAAAGCUACGAAAAUCGAAGUUUUUUCAUGUUUUAAAAAAAACAAAAGAGAAAAUUACGGUUCAUUUUAAAAAUAUGUUAAAAAAUAUGAAUAAUUACAAAGGGAAAAUAGAAUUUGAUGAUGUAAACAGAAAUUUAAAAGUUAUGGUUUCAGUUAAUCAAGAUCUUUCCAAUAAUAUUUUUAUGGAAAUUAAUUCCUUGUCUGGAGGUGAAAGGUCAACAAUUCAGAUGGCCCUUCUAGCUUCGUUAUCCCUCACAGAAACUUCCUCAUUCCACAUCUUCGAUGAGCUUGAUGUGUACAUGGACGAGCUUACUCGAGUGAAGAAUAUGCAAAGAUUUUGUGAAUUUAUUGAACAGAACAAUAGCAAGCAAUACUUCUUUAUAACUCCACAUAUCGAAAUAACGGAACUUUUUUUAGGAGACGCUAAGGAAAAAAAGGCCAAAAUAUUAAAUCUGUCCUAA